CUAUUUUGAUAUUUGACAUUAAUGACAGCGCUAUAAAGAUUUUGAUGUAAAAAAUGAUUAGCAAUUUGAAGUGAAUAAAGUAGAAAGGUUUAGUGAAUCAUUUAUCGGUUACAACGUUGCAGUUUUUCAAUUUCAUUGAAGGGAAUAAAAGUUUUGAUCAGAUGGCAGAAAUGGAAGAAAUACUAAACGAGAAUGUGCCGCAGGCUGAUUUGGAGAAAUUUGAGAAAAAAUACAAUCGGGAAAUAGAAACAAACAGCUUAACGCACACAACACAAUUUGAGUAUGCCUGGUGUCUAGUUAGAAGUAACUACAGAAACGAUAUGAGAAGCGGCAUCACUCUACUGGAAGAUUUGUGUGUCAAAAAUCCGGAAGGCAAGCGUGACUAUAUCUACUAUCUCGCAAUAGCCUACACCAGAAUGAAAGAGUAUUCAACUGCGAUGAAAUAUGUUCAAGCUUUUCUGGAGAUAGAACCAAAUAACCAGCAGGUCAUUAGUCUAGAGGAAUAUAUUAAAAAGAAGAUCAAUAUCGAAGGUUUGAAGGGAGCCGCGAUGGUCAGCGGUGCAGCCUUAGUGCUCGGAGGCGUUUUAGGUCUAGGUUUUGCACUUGCUAAAAAAUGAAAUUCGGUGAAAAAUGCGAAGCCUGUUGGUGAUUGAUGUGUUCUGAUUAUAUCGACUCAUUUUGCUCUCGUACCAACAUACAUAAUCUAGAUCAUUUCGCGGUCAGUGUUUAUUUCAAUUGAAUGCUUUAUUUCAAAACUUUUCAGUAGGUUGGAUGACAAGCGGCGUCAAUUGUAAUCAAAAAACAGUUGCUUCUUUAAAAGAAUGUAAAUAUCAGAGAAUAUAUACUUUAUGGAAUAGAUGUAGAUUGUAAUAUUUAA